GUGCGCCCAUGGCGGGGGCGGGCUCGUCCAGCGGGGCGAGCGAAGCGAUGCGGCGGCUCACCGACCUAUCCCUCGUCUCCAAGGUCUGCUCCGAGCUGGAGGCCCACGGCGGCGUCGGCGACCGCCACCUCGCCGAGUUCAUCGUCCACCUCGCCCGCCGCUCCCCCUCCGUCGCCGAGUUCCACGCCAGGCUCAGGGAGCACGACUUCCAGGCGCCGGACUACCUCGCACGCACCCUCCACACCCUCAUCCACGCCAUCCCCGCCGCCGCUCCCGCCCCCCAAAACCUCGCCUCCGACGGUGAGGAAGAGGAGGAAGAGGGCGCUGCGGAUCCGGAGCUGUACCUGGUGUACCACGGGAGGGUCACCCGGGUGGUGGACGCCGGGUGCUUCGUGCGCCUCGACGGCGCGCGCGGCCGCGAGGGGCUCGUCCACGCCUCCCGGAUGCCCGCCCUCGCCGCCGUGAGGCGCGGCCAGGGGGUGUUCGUCAAGGUCGUCUCCCUGGACUGGGGGAACCUAGCGCUGUCGAUGCUGGACCUCGAUCAGGAAACUGGAAGGGAGAUCCCGCCGCCAGCGCGUCGUCAAUCUGACGAUGAUGGUGUUCCGAGGGCCAAUCGAUCGGCUGCUCCUGCCGGAACCUCUGGGAAGAGGGUUGGGCUGUCAGGAAUUGUGAUUGCCGAGGAGGGGCCUGCACCACGGAGGCGGGCGAGGCGGAUGAGCUCCCCGGAGAGGUGGGAGCUGAAACAGCUGAUUGCUUCCGGGGCACUGAAUGCGAGGGACCACCCUGCUGUCUUCGACGAGGAUGAUGAGGGGAUACAGUACCAGGAAGAAGAAGAAGAAGAAAUGGAGGAGGAGCUCGAGAUUGAGCUCAACGAAGACGAGCCGCCGUUCUUAUCUGGACAGGGCCGUUCCUCGGUUGAAUUGUCUCCGGUCAGGAUUUCCAGGAACCCUGAGGGGUCACUGAGCCAGGCUGCAACACUGCAAGCCGCGCUUGUCAAGGAGCGGCGCGACAUUCAGAGCCAGGAGCAGAGAGCAAUGCUUGAUUCCAUCCCCAAGGAUCUCAAUCGGCCGUGGGAAGAUCCUGUGCCCGAUGCUGGCGGCCGGUGUAUCGCGCAGGAGCUGAGGGGCGCCGGCCUAUCAGCGCGGAGCAUGCCGGAGUGGAAGAAGGAGGCUUAUGGGAAGACUGUAACGUUCGGGCAGAGGUCGAACCUUUCCCUGCAGGAGCAGAGGCAGAGCCUUCCGAUUUACAGGCUGAAGAAUGAGCUCAUCGAAGCUGUUCAUCGCAAUCUAGUUUUGGUCGUUAUCGGCGAGACGGGGUCAGGGAAAACCACACAGGUUACUCAGUACCUUGCCGAGGCAGGCUACACUGCAGGUGGGAAAAUCGUGUGCACGCAGCCUCGCAGGGUUGCUGCGGAGUCGGUUGCGAAGCGGGUAGCAGAGGAGUCUGGUUGUCGAUUGGGAGAGGAAGUUGGUUACUGCAUACGUUUCGACGAUCGCACUGGACCUGAUACGGUCAUUAAGUAUAUGACAGAUGGGAUGCUCCUACGGGAGAUUAUGGUAGACAGGAACCUCUCUGGUUACUCUGUGAUCAUGCUUGAUGAGGCACAUGAGAGGACCAUCUAUACGGACAUCCUCUUUGGCUUGCUAAAGAAGCUGAUUAGGCGGAGAGAUGAUCUCAAGUUGAUUGUCACUUCCGCUACUCUUGAUGCAGAGAAAUUCUCUGGAUAUUUCUUCGAUUGCAAUAUUUUCACCAUUCCUGGAAGAACGUUUCCUGUGGAGAUACUGUAUGCAAAACAGCCACAGAGCGAUUACAUGGAUUCUGCAUUGCGCACUGUGUUGGAGAUCCAUAUGAGUGAACCUGAAGGCGACAUCCUCUUGUUCUUGACUGGCCAGGAAGAGAUUGAUCAUGCCUGUAGCUAUCUUCACGAGAAGAUGCAGGCGCUGGGUAAGGAUGCACCCGAUUUGCUAAUCUAUGCAGCGUACGGUGCUCUUCCAAGUGAAAUGCAGUCAAAGAUCUUUGAACCUACUCCUCCUGGGAAGAGGAAGGUGGUUGUGGCAACCAACAUCGCAGAAGCAUCUAUUACGAUUGAUGGGAUAUACUAUGUUGUUGACCCAGGAUUUGCAAAAGUUAACGUGUAUAACCCGAAACGAGGACUGGAUUCACUGACUAUCACUCCGAUCUCGCAGGCAUCAGCUAAGCAAAGAGCAGGGCGUGCUGGGCGUACAGGCCCAGGCAAGUGUUAUCGUCUGUACACAGAAAGCGCGUAUCGUAAUGAAAUGCCCCCAACGUCAACUCCGGAAAUUCAGAGGAUAAACUUGGGGUGGACAGUUCUUAAUAUGAAGGCAAUGGGGAUCAAUCAACUAGGGGCAUUUGACUUCAUGGACCCUCCAGCACCCCAAGCACUUAUCUCUGCUAUGGAGCAGUUGUACAGCCUUGGUGCCUUAGAUGAAGAAGGUCUGCUUACUAAACUAGGGAGAAAGAUGGCCGAGUUUCCACAAGAACCACCACUUUCGAAAAUGCUCCUGGCUAGUGUGGACCUCGGAUGCAGCGAUGAAAUAGUGACUAUCAUUGCAAUGAUUCAAACUGGGAAUGUGUUCUAUCGUCCGAGGGAAAAACAAACUCAGGCGGAUCGGAAAAGGGGUAAUUUUUUCCAGCCGGAAGGGGAUCACAUCACUUUACUCACAGUGUAUCAGGCGUGGAAGGCAAAGCAGUUUUCGGGGCCAUGGUGCGUUGAGAAUUUUCUUCAGAUAUCAUCACUGAGGAGAGCACAGGAUGUGAGGAAGCAGCUCCUGGAGAUCAUGGACAGGUAUAGGCUUGAUGUUGUCUCCGCUGGCAAUGAUCUCACAAAGGUAAGAAGAGCCAUCACCGCAGGCUUCUUCUUCAACACUGCCAGGAAGGAUUCCCAGGGAGGAGGAUACAGGACCCUUGCUGAUAACCAGCAGGUAUAUAUCCACCCAAGCAGUGCACUCUUUCAUCAACAGCCACAAUGGGUGAUUUACAACGAAAUUGUCAUGACCUCGAAAGAGUACAUGAGGGAGGUCACAGCCAUCAGCCCAGCAUGGCUUGUCGAAUUGGCACCGAGGUUCUACAAAUCUAUCGACCUGGCAAAGAUGAGCAAGCGGAAGCGCCAGGAAAGGCUCGAGCCUCUGCAUGACAGAUACAACGAGCCCAACUCGUGGCGCCUCAGCAAGCGCCAUGGAUGAUUUUCUUUCCGAACAAGGGUUUACUUCUCUCUUGCCGCUCUUCGAUGUAAUUUAGAAUUGAGUAUAAGUGUAAAUACAUAGUAAUCUCUACCCGAUGAAUGUGCUGGAAUGAGCGGGGUGUUGAGUAGUGGAACACGUAUGUAGCUUUCUUUUUUCUGUUUGGACUUAGAAGUCCUGUGAGAAUGUUUCACCUCUGGUUUAGAUAUAACCCGAAAUGAAUAUACAUAUCUUUUA